GAUGCCGCUGCCGCCGCCGGCGCCGGCCCUGCCCCGGCUCCUGCCGCUCCUGCGUGACAGCGGGCUUCCCCACCCAAGCAGACGCCAGCUUCAGGGGCUCGAGGUGAGGAACAUGCCUUUCGGGUUGGGCUACUGGUUUACUUAAUCCAGCCACCUUCAGCCGGGUGUCUGCUUUGGCCCGUGUCCUCCGGACCAGCCGGCCGGGAUGCUUUGGAGAAGCAUUUAAAAGAACUGCAAAAGUGGCCCCCCAAACAGCGGUCAAGAAUUACAAUAUACUUUUAUUUGGUAGUUGCUAGAGGCUCCCCCCCCCUUCUCUUCCUUCCUCCUGAACUCCUCUUGCUUCGGAUAAUGGCCUUGGACUUGGACGACUUAUCGAUUUCCCCCUGGAAGAUGCUGUCUCAUUUGGUUGGGGGGGGCUCUGCAUGGUAAUGGACCGUGAGAGAGGCCAGGCCUUCUGGAGGUGAGCCGAUGGAGAUCUAUUCCCCAGACAUGUCUGAGGGAGCUGCUGAGAGGUCGUCCAGCCCCUCCACUCAGCUGAGUGCAGACCCAUCUCUUGAUGGGCUUCCGGCAGCAGAAGACAUGCCAGAGACCCAGACUGAAGAUGGGAGAAGCCCGGGCCUCGUGGGCCUGGCGGUUCCCUGCUGCGUCUGCCUGGAAGCCGAGCGCCUGCGAGGCUGUCUCAACUCCGAGAAGAUCUGCAUUGUCCCCAUCCUGGCCUGCCUGGUCAGCCUCUGCCUCUGCAUCGCCGGCCUCAAGUGGGUGUUUGUGGACAAGAUAUUUGAGUAUGACUCUCCCACUCACCUUGACCCCGGGGGGUUAGGCCAGGACCCCGUUAUCUCUCUGGAGCCACCUGCUGCCUCAGCCGUGUGGGUGUCGUCGGAGGCAUACCCUUCGCCUGUCUCGAGGGCUCGGUCUGAAGCCGAGGUUCAAGUUACACUGCACGUUGACAAUGCCCUUGUGUCCCCUGACCCCUCCGCGGCACCGACCCCGAAGAACCGUCUCUUUGCGUUUUCGUUCCUGCCGUCCACUGCACCGCCCUUCCCGUCGCCCACUCGGCACCCCGAGGUGAGAACACCCAAGUCAGCAACUCAGCCACAAACAACAGAAACUAAUCUCCAAACUGCUCCUAAACUUUCUACAUCUACUUCCACCACCGGGACGAGCCACCUUGUGAAAUGUGCAGAGAAGGAGAAGACUUUCUGUGUGAACGGAGGCGAGUGCUUCAUGGUGAAAGACCUUUCCAACCCCUCAAGAUACUUGUGCAAGUGCCCAAAUGAGUUUACUGGUGAUCGUUGCCAAAACUACGUUAUGGCCAGCUUCUACAGUACGUCCACCCCCUUUCUGUCUCUGCCUGAGUAGGAGCAUGUUCAGUCGGUGCUGCUUUCUUGUUGCCGCAUCUCCCCUCAGAUUCCACCUAGAGCUAGAUGUGUCUGACCAGGCCUAACAUUGACCGCCUCUGCCUGUCGCAUGAGACCAUUAACACAAGCGAUUGUAUUACUUCCUCUGUUUGUGACUAGUUGGCUCUGAGAAUCCGAUAGGUGUGUGAGGCCCCCGAUGUUGCUGAAAUUCAUAUUGGAAUAAUGUGAUGCGAAAUGAGAGUCACUAUGCAGCAGUGCAAUUAUAAUAAAGGCAUUGAAAAGUCUCACUUUUAUUGAUAAAAUAAAAGCAUUCCACCGAGCAGUCCAUCUUCUUUAUGAAAUGACAACAUCCUGAGAAAGAUGUUGCUAAGUUGUAACCCAUAUGCACUUGAAAUGAUGGUAAGUUCAUUUUGAUUCCAGAAUGUAUUUAUAACAAAUAAACAUAAUAAAA